AUGUCGUCCUGGAGAUUUUCUGGGAAUCCCAGCAAUUCCCGAGGCUAUGAUCGAGGAUUCAGAGGGAGAGGGAGAGCUUCGUGGUCAUCACAAGGUCGAGGCGCCUCGACCUUGAAUACGAGCAAUCGGCAGCUAGAGAAUAUCGCUUCUGUUAGUAGGUCCAGUGGUGUUGAGAAAGACGGUGACGCGCUGAAAGACCACAAAACACAAGAGGAAUACCACGAAUUUAUCCAGGGCAAGCUGGACUCAUUCUGGAAAAGCCCCCCCUCAACUGAGCAACAAACUCGGGAUGCUCAGGAAAAUCUAUUGAUUCUGAUACGGAAAUUGAGAGAAGGCAUAGUAGCUUCCAAGAGAAAUGAUGCUUUUGCGGUCGAAGUUUGCGAAACCUCAUUGUAUAUCGCCACGCUGUUCAAUCACCCCAAGCAGCUCAGUUCUAUUCUACCCUACUUUAUUCCACAUCCAUCAGAUUCGACUGCCGAAGUUCUUUCGCAGCAAAGUUACUCCAUGUGCGCAAUCUUCAUUGCGCUCAUCAAUCAACUCAUCCUUGGAUAUCCCUCCCAAACGUUGUACCGGCAAUCGAUUCACUCCAUUCCAGAUUUACUCUUGCGACGGUCCUCAAGAUCUCAUCGCUGGAUAUCGAGCCUUUCCUCAUCCCUUUGGGCCAAUAACUUUUCUAAAUCUGAACAGCUGACACGACGGUCCUCAAUCACAUCGUUGUUAGAUGAGCUCCUGCCUGACUCACUUUCAGCCCACUUUACCGAUCUUUCGCUCUCGUCUCACUCGUCGAAAUCGAAUCGUGAUGUUGCACGAAAGGCGUUUUUUCAUGCUGUUGAUAUGUUAAGAGUCAAAAUCAGAAACUCUGCUUGGAACAUCAUACGUUCGUCGUACAGGGAAUUAUCGUGCAAUGCAAAUUCGGAAACAAGAGAUUGGUUGAAUCGUUCACUUUCUUUGACAGUCGCACAUUCCGAAGAUAUAUGUGAUAGCUCUCUUGAUGUUUGGCUCAAGGAGAAGAGCGCGGCUGGUCAUAUUCGAUCUAAGGAGGGUGUAGAAGGACGAUGGGUCUUUUGUAAGAAAUAG